CAUUUUGGGGUGCCAACUUCACAGAGCUUCUAACUGGACCUUUUCUGUUAUCUAUUCGUCACUAUUUCUUGGAUUCUGAUUGAUACAUAAAAUAUAAACUGAAUCAGUGUAAACUGAAUUAGUAGACAGUGGUGAGCGGAUAACAGGAAAUAUCCAAAAGACUUGCCAAAUGAGAACACAACUCACAUGUUGAAGUGGUAUGUUGCUGACAAAGUAUGCUGCUACGCACAUCCAGAUGCUCCACUUAUAGAAGAUUAUAGAGCAGGAGACCAAAUUUGCUCAGAAUGUGGGUUAGUUGUGGGAGAUAGAGUAAUAGACGUGGGUUCAGAAUGGAGGACAUUUAGCAACGAGAAAUCAGGAAUCGAUCCAUCUCGUGUCGGUGGUCCUGAGAAUCCACUUCUUAAUGGUGCAGACCUGUCCACGAUGAUUGGACCAGGAACAGGUGCUGCAUCCUUCGACGGCUUUGGAACUGCUAAAUAUCAAAAUCGUCGUACAAUGAGCAGUUCUGACAGAGCAUUGCUCAAUGCGUUCCGCGAGAUCAAUGCUAUGGCAGAUCGCAUCAAUUUGCCGAAAACAAUUGUGGACAGAGCCAACACAUUGUUCAAGCAAGUACACGACGGCAAAAAUCUGAAGGGUCGUGCCAAUGACGCAAUUGCUUCCGCGUGUUUGUACAUCGCCUGUCGCCAGGAAGGCGUGCCACGCACGUUCAAGGAAAUCUGUGCGGUCAGCAAAAUAAGCAAAAAGGAGAUCGGCCGGUGCUUCAAAUUGAUCCUCAAAGCCCUCGAAACUAGCGUGGACCUUAUUACUACCGGCGACUUCAUGUCUAGAUUUUGUUCCAAUCUCGGUCUUCCCAACAUGGUACAACGAGCCGCUACACAUAUUGCUAGGAAAGCGGUGGAGAUCGAUAUUGUACCUGGAAGAUCGCCCAUUUCGGUUGCCGCUGCAGCUAUUUACAUGGCGUCACAGGCAUCGGAGGACAAGAGAUCGCAAAAGGAGAUUGGGGACAUCGCCGGUGUCGCGGACGUCACAAUCCGACAGUCGUACAAAUUAAUGUAUCCGCAUGCGAGCCAGCUCUUCCCGGAAGACUUCAGAUUCGCCACACCGAUCGAUCAGUUACCGCAAAUGUAAACUUAGGAAAGCCCUAUUGCUUUUGUUUCCCCUUUUUCUUUUUUUUCUGAAAAAAAUAUAUAUAUAUAUUCAUCGUUUAAAGGGUUAAUUGUUUUCUACUGUAAGCAAUCUAGAUAAUUAAAUGAUUUUGUUGACAGAGCACAUUCCUAAACGA